AUGGUGAUGGAUUUAUUAAACUUGGAAGAACAACUUAUAUUUUACUGGAAACAUCAUUCCCAUAAGGUUAACGCACUUAUUCAUAUUGCAAAUUUUGGUCCAUUGUUACCCUAUGAACCAGAUUCAUUAUGGCGCCUUACACCAUUCAUUCCUAACGCAGCAUUUUUUGUUGUACUUUCUUACAUAUGUUAUUAUAUUCUGUUGGAACCUGUGGCUGGGGCCCUUGGUUCACCAUUACUCCUUUACAUGGUUUACGAUGCCACAAGUUUCGCCGAUUCCUAUCCUAAUCACGACAAUCUUGCUCUAAUUGUUUUUGUUUCUUCCUUGGUCUUGCAAAUUAUUGGUCACAUAUUUGUUGAGAAAAGUGGUCCUGCAGCAAGAGAGAACAUCUUAAAAGGCCAGCACUCCAAAAAAGAAUAUUCUCACAAGUUGAGACUCGGUAUGGACAAUUAA